CGUCAUUCACCACCGAAGAUCUUGUUCUCGCCGCGGAGCGCUCUCGCCAACCACUGCGACACUAGUGCACGGGAAUCAUGUCUACGCGAGGCGCCGGCCGUGGCAAGAAGCGGGAGAACGUUUCGGGUGACACCCAGGGGCGGGCAGGGGGUCGACGACAUGUCCCCAAGUCGAAGAGGCUCCGUUCAGAAGAGCCAUCACCAAGUGUGCCUGUCCUGCGAGGGCGGUAUUGGGCGGCAUCGAACGAAGACGAAGAUGACGACGUGUUCACGACAGAGGAGGAAGCAGCAGAUCACACCGUGCCGGCACCCCGGGGCAGCAGUCUUCAAGCAAAGAAUGAUCAGGCCGCGGCGAGGAGAUUACUCACGCCCCCCCCGGAGGGGCAACGAGGUCAUGGAUGGUCUAUCGAACGCGGGGGAGGUGAGGUGGCCCAGAGAGAGGAGGUUCCUGUUGUGGAGCGGGAGGUUGCGCGCGCCGAGAAUAAGGGCGAAAAAGAGGACGACAACCCCCUUAUGGGUCGGGAGCGGAGGGGAGGGUUGGCGAGAGAUCUUGCCGACCGUGCCCGCCGGUGGGUCGACGACAAAGUGUUCUGGACAACGGGGGAGGGGCGCCGGCUCUACGACAUCGUCCAUCGAACGCUGGAGCACUUCGAGGCCAUCACCAGCGGGGUGCAAGCGCCCGUCGUGUCCAGGAGCGUUGUCAUGCUGAAAUCUGCGACAACCCUCACGAGGAUUGCUGAUCCCGCUCAGCUACAGCAAGCGACCAUCCGCGGGGGGCCUGCAGAGAACAUAGUUCUGCGCGUCUUGCAUGGGUGGGUGUUCAAGUCAGGGAACCGCCCCCGAGGAUACAAUCUCGCUUUCCAGUACGCGCUGAAGUCAGUGGCGACGGACCUUGCGCGCGUUAUGUGGUACGGCGAGGAGUGGAGCAACGUGGUGAGCGCGCCCGUUUGCGCGGACACGAUCGACCUCAAUAUGGACUUGCCACUGUGGUUUGCGGGGGUGAACAUCGACAACAGGCCGGAGGACGACGACCUGGCUGCGUACCAGGAGUCGACCGUCAUGUGCGUCGCGCAUGCAUUUCGCGCCGCCGUGCAAAUGGGUGGCAAUGUCGACGGCGGGUUCAUAUCGCACGAUCGUCUGUCGAGGAUCGCGGAUUGCUUCAGGCUGUUGUUGGCUGCCUGCAUGUGGUUGAUGCGCAUGGCGGGAGACGAUCAUCGUAGCCACUACGAAGCCUUCUACUUCGCGCAGCUGGUCGCGAAGCCCACGCUGAUCGCGUCCAUGCAUCGCGCCUUCGAUCAUCGAAGGUCUGUCAUCCGAGCGACGAACGUCGUCACGGAGAGACUGGGGAAGGCGAACGCCACCUUAGGAGAGUACCCGAAGUUCAUAUCGCACGAUCGUMUGUCGAGGAUCGCGGAUUGCUUCAGGCUGUUGUUGGCUGCCUGCAUGUGGUUGAUGCGCAUGGCGGGAGACGAUCAUCGUAGCCACUACGAAGCCUUCUACUUCGCGCAGCUGGUCGCGAAGCCCACGCUGAUCGAGUCUAUGCAUCGCGCCUUCGAACAUCGAAGGUCCGUCAUCCGAGCGACGAACGUCGUCACGGAGAGACUGGGGAAGGCGAACGCCACCUUAGGAGAGUACCCGAAGUACAUCCCCGAUUGGGCUUCCUGCGGCAUCAUGUUCGGCCACGGCGCGAGCAUCACGGGGCCAGAGGACGCGAAGAAGAGGGAUUGGUUGGGUUCGGGCCCCUUGGAGGAGGACGCUGACGACAAUGGCGAAAACGACGCGUAGGGGGUGGAGGGGUGGUGUUGUGCUGGAUUGCCUUGGUUUGCUUGUCACUUGUGAUA